AUGUCCGCUUUUGCGAGCGAGGGCGUGUUGGUUGGUUACCCAUGCGACGGACAGAGACCACAGGACCCGCAGUUAUACAUGGCGGACAGUCGCAUGUUGUCAGCCAGCCACGACGCGGGCACGGAAGUCUCAUACAAUACUGGCGCCCCUGGACGCAUCCAGGCGCUAAAGUCACAGCUUGCGAUGCAUCGGGUCAAAACUAACGGUCACUCCGACGACUAG